AUGCCACGAUUCUACUCGAUGAACCGCCUCCAUCACCACAGGUUGGCUCUUCCUUUUGUCGGUCCUGCUCUCGGCGGUCCUCCUCUUCACCAUGGUCUUCUUCGUACGUAUCCAAGCCGAGCCGCCAUCCCUCGUACUUCUCCCGAGCCCAUGCUGACCUCUGCCCUUGCGCAAUGUGCCCGUCUCUUGCAUCAUCCGCAGAUCAUCAUGUUCUCCGACUUGGAAUGCGACUACAUCAACCCCAUCGACCUCUGCAACAAGCUCAACCAGUUCAUCCUGCCCGAGAUGGCGGCGCACGCGGUGCUCACGCUCUUCUUCCUGCUCAGCGGGCAGUGGGUGGCGUUCCUGCUCAACGCGCCGCUCGUCGCCUUCAACGUGAACAAGGUCAUGAACAAGAAUCACACGCUCGACGCCACAGAAAUCUUCCGCACGCUCUCGGCGCACAAGAAACAGUGCUUCAUCAAGCUCGGCUUCUACCUCGUCAGCUUCUUCUACUACCUCUACAGGAUGAUCCUUGCGCUCAUUGCCGACACCGAGUAG